AUGAAAGGUUCACUACCUUCAAGUAGCGACACUAGAAGACAUAGACCUCCUCUUGGGAAACCGAAAGGUAAGAAAAAAGCCUCUGCCGAACUACCAAAGCUGGGAGAACCAGGCGGAAAAGACGACCCUCUCAGGAAAGGUCUUAGUGGUGCUAUGACUAAAUGGUACCUAAGGGCUAUAAAAUCGGGGAAAACACCCGAAGAAGCAAGGAAAUUAGCCGACGAAAGGAAGGCUAAAAUCCAACAAGAAAAACUGGAGGCACAAUCAUCCAGUAAGAGGGCAAGAGAGCAAUCUCUUACCCCUAAGGAACUGAGAAGGGACAAGAAAGAAAAGCCUUCCACUCCUCCUCAGGUACAGUCUAAAGCCAGAGAGGCUGCUCCUAGCGUAAGUUACGCUGGAGCAGCAAAGAUCAUAAGAGUGACUUUGCUACCGGAGGAAUACCCUCUGGUAACUUUAACAAUGGAAGAGUUGACCCACCUAGAGGAAACCCUCAUAGAAGAAAUUCUAAAAGGAUGGGAAGCCAAAAUACAGUUUGAAGGCAUACACUUCAGGCCAGGAAUGAUGGUCCUAGACUGUCAAGAUGGCAAAACUGUACAAUGA